GAUUGUGCUAUCAAGAGAAUGGGGUCAACCAGCGCCGAACGAUCAUCGUCCUCGGAAUUGUCUGUGUAGAUAUGGAGAUAUGUAGAUAUAUCUGAAGCAUAACCGACCAGGCGUCCCUUGACCAGAGCCAAUCAUCCCCAGUAUAGCCGAUCUCGACGAUACAAGGAACGAAGGAAGAUGAUUUGGCGCUUUUUUUCUCGUUCUUGCUCUUCGGUUCCCCUCCUUAUUCCCCUGCCUGUGACAGGCGAUGUUGCACACGUGAUGGGCGAUGGAACUAGUGGCUUAGCAUUGGUUGGUUUGUUUCAAACCCGGCCGAACUUCUUUUCUGCCGCCUCUCAUUGGAUUGGCUUAGCGCGCGCCCUCUCAGGGUGUUGUUUCAGCUGCAAUGUGCCACGGCCACUUUCAUGCCUUGCUGUCUCAACUUUCCCAACCUUCCAUGCUGAAACAGUUCCGAAGGGUCUGGGACGGUACUCCGUAGUCACCAUGGGUUUUUUGUUUCUUCUUCUUUUUUUUCUUCAUGGAUGAGACGUCCAGGGGAAAUCGUCAGAUCAUGCAAAACCAAAACCAAAAAAAAAAAAUGUGUGCUGUGUCUUAGCGACGACAAGAUGCUCGUUCCUGACUCCCCUGACUCGGGCAAGUUAUUCCUGGC